ACUUCGCUCCAUGCCAGCAGUAACAUCACAUGAGGAACUGUGGUUUGAGAAACUUGGAUAAUAAUGGGCGAUCAACUGGCGACUUCAUAUGUCAGAAAACAAGAUCAUGAAAGUUGCCCCGUGCAUUAUAGUCUUUACACGGGAUCUUCAUCACGACUCGCCUCUUAUUAGUUUUAAAUCGUUUAAAAUAAUUAAACAAAUGGAUCCAUCACAUGAUAAGGUGGCCACUUCUUAAUCCUCCUGGAGUACUGAAGCGAACACCGUACUGUGCGGAAUUCUUUAAAAUAAAACAAUACUGUGUGUGAAUGUACAACCUGUAUGUGGGUGGAUGUACUUGCAGGUAUUGUGGUGUUUGAAACAUACACUGUAUACAGCGCCGGGAGUAUUGAGAUUCCAAGAAGUCUAGAAUAUGUAUUUUUCGUUUAUUUCACGCAUGAAGUGUUUGUUCACGGUCCCCAGCUUAAGGGCUCGCUGCCAGAGCGCGUGUGUCUGUAUGGGCUGUUGAGUUCAUUUUUAGUUACCUUCUCUAUACUGUAGAUUGAAUUAAAAGUUUGCAUAUUGAAUCCAAACCUACGAACACAAGGUGUGUUCCUGCUUCGUGAGUUUGGGAUGGGACUGCAGUUUGCGUAAAUCAAGACAGGGGCGUGCUCGCUGAAGUAUUGUAAGCACGAAACUCCUCCGCAAAAUGUGAGACAACAGAGAUCACAGCGAGCGGACCAUUCAGUGCACGAAUGCAAGGCUUUCCAGGACAAAACAGAAACGUCUCAUCGCUACCCAUCAGACUCAAGCUUCAGAGUUCGGGGUCUUUUCAUUCAGCAACCAAGGAGGAAUGGAUUCUCAGCUGUGGCUCUGCUGUUUGCUGAUCUUCACCCUGCAUGUCGCCUCCACAGAGAGCUGCCACCCAGGAUGCCGCUGUGAGGUGGAGAGCUUCGGGCUCUUCGACAGCUUCAGUCUGACAAAAGUAGACUGCAGUAGAGUGGGACCCCAUAUCACCCCCAUUCCUAUCCCUUUAGACACCUCCUAUUUAGAUCUGUCAUCCAACCACAUGGAGACCCUCACAGACUCCAUGCUGACAGGACCUGGUUACACCACUUUGGUUAGCCUUGACCUGAGCAACAACAAGCUAACCAGGGUCCACAGCAAGACCUUUUCCAAACUGCGCUACCUGGAGUCCCUGGAUUUAAGCAGCAACUGUUUGGAAGUGCUUUCGGAUGGGUGCUUCUCUGGCCUGCCGCUCACUGAAGUGGACCUCAGCAACAACAGGCUGCAGGAAUUCAGGCUGGAUAUCUUUACAUCCAAAGGUCACGGGAAGCCGAUCCACCUAGACCUCUCCAACAACGUGCUGACAGCCGUCUCCAGAAACCCCCACAGCAGCUCUCCUAACAUCCAGAGCCUGAGCCUGGCUGGGAACAGACUGACAGCCGUGCCGCUGCUCCAGAGCGUCCCUGUGAGAUCCCUGAAUCUGGACGGGAACCCAAUCCCCCACAUACAGGAGAAUGCCUUUGUGGGGAUGACUGAGCUGACCCAUCUGUCCCUCAGCAGUCUUCCAGCACUGACCUCAAUCCAGCCCAACAGCUUCAAAGGGCUACAGAAUCUACAGGUCCUUGAUUUAUCAAACUGCCCAAAGCUAAAGGAUCUCAAGCCAGAGGUAUUCAGCGGGCUGCUUUCCUUACAGGAGCUCAACUUGUCCAAUUCAGGGGUAACUGCCUUGCCAAGUAAAUUGCUGAAUUAUUUACCGAGCAUCAGAAGCAUCACUCUGGGACCAAACCUGCAUUGCUGGAAGAGCAGGAAACAGGGGCAGUUCCACCCGCAUACAGGACGAGUGAAGAGUGGAGACACAUUAACAUGCGAUCCUGCAGCCACACUCCUGUGAGCUGGAUUAGACUAGACACUACAUCGGGAAUACCCUGGGCUGGAGAAGCCUGCAUUGUGCCUUCAAUACCAUUAUCAGCCUGUCUUUGUGUUCAUUCCAAAAGAACAACAUAUUCCUGCUAAAACUUGAGAAUUACUGUGUUCCAUAAUUUUGUAUCUUUUUGUAAUUUAGGAAAUAAUUUUGCACUUUUUUUUAAAAAAUAUGCUCCAUAAAUCCACGAGUGAAACGAAUGCAAUAAAGUAUCAUUUCCUAGAACCCGGGAGCAUUUCAUGUUACUGGUUUAUAGGAACGGGAGGACAGCCGUCCACAGUCAUGCAUUAAGAUCAGUCUCAGCCGUGCACAGUCAUGCAUUAAGAUCAGUCUCAGCCAUCCACAGUCAUGCAUUAAGAUCAGUCUCAGCCAUCCACAGUCAUGCAUUAAGAUCAGUCUCAGCCGUGCACAGUCAGGCAUUAAGAUCAGUCUCAGCUGUCCACAGUCAGGCAUUAAGAUCAGUCUCAGCCAUCUACAGUCAUGCAUUAAGAUCAGUCUCAGCCAUGCACAGUCAGGCAUUAAGAUCAGUCUCAGCUGUGCACAGUCAGGCAUUAAGAUCAGUCUCAGCCGUGCACAGUCAUGCAUUAAGAUCAGUCUCAGCGUGGCUCCAACUGAAAUGCUACAGAUGCUGCUUCUCUACACAGUCUAGAUCCGCUCCUGAUCAGCCAUAGGAGGCAUUCAAAGUGUGGAACAAAAUGUGAGUGACCUGAUUGAGCUGCAUGUAACCCUUUUCACUCUGGGCAGCGCUCUGCACUCAAGACUACGCCAGUAUGUGAGCUAAUCCUCUGAACUCCAUUGGUUUUCUAAUAUCUCUCAAAUCAUUCAACACUACACACGAGUCAGCCCGGUCUCAUUAAGCACAGAACAUGUGGUGACGGGAUCUGUGUGAGGCAGCGCCCCAGUGCAGUUGAAUAAUCAGGGUCCCUGUAGAAACACAAGUGCCUUCAUGGGUUAGGCACUGACUGCAAUGUGCUGCUGCUUUGGGGGUGGGGUGCUUUUAUUACCAAAUAUACAUACCUCACUUUGAACAGAAAUACAUGGAUGGGCAGAUGUGGAAUGUUUCUAAAGGGUAUAUAUGUAUGUGUGACACACGGUGUUUACAAGUAAUGCUUCUGAUACCUUACCUUCAUUUUUCAAUGAUGAGAAUGUGAACACCAUCACUGUGAACUGAAAUAAAGAAGUAUACAUAUCCAAGUGGGUUGAAGCUGGAAUUACAAAAAAGUAUCAGAGCUAACUUGAGACACUAGCUGUGACACACAAGUGCUCACUCUGGCCACUCAUUAAUGCAGUUACAGGAUGUGGCCACGUUGCCAUUCGAACAAUGCAAUCACAUCACACCGCUCCAUUCGUCGGAACAUUAUCAUUUCUCAUAAGAUGAAAGCCAAGAUGUCAUUAAAAUGAAAGCAGAAAAACGUUUGGUUUCAACAGAAAGAGGCUCAGAGAGAUUGACUGACAGCCUGCCUGACCUGUUUUCCCAGGCUGUGUGUUUGUUUUCUUCUUUUUUUUGUUUUUGUUCGAAGCCAAACCCCUUGGUGCCUGUCCUAAUUAACACAGCCUUGAUUUCACUGUUUCAGAUACAGACGUCUUCCUCUUAAGUGUUUAAACGGUACCUACAGUAUACAACAUCAUUACAGGAGAUCAAGCGGUCCUGCCCGGGGUGCUGGCACAGCUAGAGCAUGUGUGCAGCACCUCCUUUUAUCCAUCGCUUUUCAAACAGUACCCCACAUUCCUGCCCGGGGUGCUGGCACAGCUAGAGCAUGUGUGCAGCACCUCCUUUAACACAUCGCUUUUCAAACAGUACCCCACAUUCCUGCCCGGGGUGCUGGCACAGCUAGAGCAUUUGUGCAGCACCUCCUUUUACCCAUCGCUUUUCAAACAGUACCCCACAUUCCUGCCCGGGGUGCUGGCACAGCUAGAGCAUGUGUGUAGCACCUCCUUUUACCAAUCGCUUUUCAAACAGUACCCCACAUUCCUGCCCGGGGUGCUGGCACAGCUAGAGCAUGUGUGCAGCACCUCCUUUUACCCAUCGCUUUUCAAACAGUACCCCACAUUCCUGCCCGGGGUGCUGGCACAGCUAGAGCAUGUGUGUAGCACCUCCUUUUACCCAUCG